AGGUAAAAAUAUGGAAACUGCUUUUGUGGAAGAAGUGGCUGCAUCUUUGGUGAGGGAGUUUCUCAGCAAAAAGGGCUUGAGCAAGACAAGCAGCACCAUGGACCAAGAAUUCCCACGCACGGCCCUCAGCAUCAACAACAGGAACGAGCUUCGCAAGAUUUUGCAUCUACAGCCAUUUUAUAAACUAAAUAAGACAAAGGAGAAUCCCCUGAAAACCAUCCUUGAAAUCAUGACUAGCUGUUUUCUGGAGCAGACCAUUAACUUUCAAAGCCCACCAGUUCCACAGAACAAGCACUCCCAGCUUAGAGCUUCCGAGACUCCCGUACCCAAGAGCUCCUUCUCUGAUGAAGACACUGGUGUGCCAGAAGCACCUGAAACGAACCAGACUGAGAGAUGCAGCUACGGAAUUGGUGAGGAGAUCAACAGUCUGACUUUUCUUUCCCGGAGGCAUCGCGUAGAAAACAAGAAAGGCAAGAUCUGGCAAGCGUCGGAGAGCUCACUUGUUGAGGGAGAGAAAAAGCUUCAAAAUAGCACCGAGGAGCACAGAACUCCAGAGCUGUCUUCAGAGACCAGAACGGCCAUGAGAGAGAAAGUCCGGACCAAGCCCGGCCUCAUCAUCCGUGGAAUGAUGGCUGGUCCCACCGCCAGCUUUCAAGAGGAUUCUGUGAAAAGAAGGCACUUGAAACGGCCCUCUGGAAUCAGUAACUCAACACAGCUUCGAGAAGAAGACCGUACAAAGAGUUCUUUUGGAGUGCCAAGCAACGAUUUCCAAGAGACUAAAGGAACUUCCAGACAGUCCGCAAAUCUCCUCUCUUUACAGUUUGGCAGUUCCCUAGACAUAGGGAAGGAGCACUCAUCCAAGAUGUUGUUCGGUCCCCAUGCAAAUACAGCGGAUGAAAAAGCCAAAAAUUCCACCAAGGUUAAAAAUGACCCUGUUGCCAGAUGGGUGUCCGACAGACCCCAAACCGAAGCUCGGAAAUCUGCAUCCAGCUACGAUACGGAGGGGAACGAGAAGAGCUCCUGGUUAAAUGGUUUUCCGAGGCCCUCGGGAGAUGGAAGAGAGAAACCAGCGAGGCCACCUAGAAAGAGCGAAACCCGGUUUUCAGACUGCAGAAAGACUCCGACAUCCAUUUCCAGUCCAAGCAGCUUGAGCAACGAUGCAUUAGAGUUAGUUGACGUGGAGGAUGAAGUGUGUGCUGUGGAGGCGUGCCGAGUCCCCGAUCCUUUGGUGCUGUUUGUGCUCCAAGUAAAAUCGAAGCCCAUUGACUUCUGCCUGGCACGAGACCUCAAAAUCCUUUUGUUUGGCUCCAGCCUCAGCUGCUUCAGCGAGGAAUGGAAAAUUCAGAGCUUCGUUUUCAGCGAUAUCCCCGAGCUCAAGUACGGCAUUGUGCAAAAAAAGGGGGGACCGUGUGGGGUGCUGGCAGCCGUUCAAGCUUGUGUCCUGCGACAUCUUAUCUUUGGAGACAGUAGCCAGAACAACGGCGAUCCCUGGAUCCUUCAGCCCUCAGAAGCUCACAGGACCAAAUGCCUAGCUUUGGCUCUCACCGAUAUUUUAUGGCGUGCAGGCGGAAGCGAGAAAGCAACAGUUGCCUUGUGCUCAGGAACACAGCAGUUCACUCCUGCAGGAAAAUACAAAGCAGAUGGGAUCUUAGAAACGAUGAUGUUGCACGAAAUCACAAAUUAUGAAGACCUAUUGAAGUUUCUGCAAAAGAAUAUUUAUGAGUUUGAAGCGGGCCCACAUGGGUGCAUUCUUCUGACGCUGUCUGCGAUAUUAUCAAGAUCCAUCAAUCAAGUUCGGGGGGAUUUUGAUGUGGUCACGAAUCGACUGAUUGGGGCACACGGAUACUGUACACAGGAGCUGGUAAACCUGCUGUUGACAGGCAAAGCCGUGUCCAAUGUUUUCAAUGAUGUCAUCGAGCUGGACUCCGGAAAUGGCAACACCACGGUUUUAAAAGGGGUCUCCGGACGAAGCGAGGUUGGCUUGCUGUCCCUGUUUGAGCACUACGACGUCUGUCAGGUUGGCUGUUAUUUAAAGACCCCCAAGUUCCCCAUUUGGCUCGUGUGCAGCGAGAGUCAUUUCACCGUGCUCUUCAGCACGCGGAAGGAUUUACUUGGGGACUGGAAAACAGAGCGGCGGUUUGACCUGCAUUACUACGAUGGCUUAGCCAAUCAGCAAGAGGAGAUGCGCCUAACAAUCGAUACAUCUCAGCCUUACUUUGAAGACCGAGCAGAUGACCUCAUUCCUCCACUGGAACACUGCAUUAGGACCAAGUGGAAAGGAGCUGUUGUCAACUGGAAUGGCACAGAACCCAUCCUAUGACCAGCCUGACCUGGCCGGCUGAAAACAAGCCCUGUUCCCAUACUUGGAGGAAGCCAAACAGCUGCUGUGCCUGCUUUUGUUGCAUGCAACGGGACAGAAUAACACGGGAGGGGAGAUGGCAAGGUCUCAUUUUGCGCUUCGUUCUUUGUAUAAACAGCCGUGGCACAUCUGGAGCUGCUUCUCUUUUCUGUGUACGGUGGUGUGUGAAAGCGGAGAAUCAGCCUUGACGGCCAAAACAAGCGGCAGGGAAAGAGCCGUAAAUCUGUCAACAUCUCCUCGAGUUCCGUUUCUGAGCCCCCUCCUUUGUGUCCUGCCAUUCUACCCAAAGAACACGGGCUGCCCCCACCGUCUCUUUUUCAACCUUGGCGGUUUUCCACCGUCUCCAUUCUAAAUCAAGGCAAACCAAAGCAUAGACAGGAAACAUGGAAGGAACCCUUCUACCCAGUUGCAUUUCUGUAAGGCUCCCAAUAUGCUUUGGGCCAAAAGAUAAUCACCAACCAACUAGGCAUCAACUCCUUGUUCUUCGUAUAUCGACUCCUGGCUACUGGGGGACCCACACAAUUUAUUUUAUCCUACUCUUAAUUCCACUAGCAGAGGGAUUUCUUUUCUUUGCCUGGCUGCAUGAUACUGCUUAGUCACUGGGUCACCAUUCCGACCAUUAAAAUCCAAUAUUAUAAGCACGAUUUAACUUUUAAAAGAGAGAAGUAAACCGCAAGUAGUCCGUAUAUCCGUGUGUAAUUUGAACCGAUCUAGAGAAAUGAUACUUGCCACAGGGAUUAGCACGGUGAAUUUCCCACGGCCACCUUUGUAUGUGUGAUCUGUUAGAAGGAGGUAUUAGUAGGAGCCAUCCCAUAGUGGGCCCCCUCAGCCUCACUGGCGAACACCAUUGAGAAGGGCAAGGAAAUUCACAACAAGAUAGCCCAAAUUCAGGUGCUAAUAUCUGCCACAGCACAGCGAGGGGACGUCAAAAGAAUUUGCAGGAGAGAGGCAGAAUCCAGGCAUGAUGUUUAGUGCAGGCUUCCGUCCGAGGGAACACUGUAAAAUGCAUACUCUUAAAGGAAAAUAAACACGAACAGUGCAGUCCUAAGAAGAGUUACUCCAGUCUAAGCCCCUUGAUUUCAAUGGGCUUAGACUGGAAUAACUCCUCUUAGGAUCACACCGGAAGUCAGACAGAGGUGGGCAGUUUCCUGCUUUGGUUGAUCAAGUUCACUGACUGCCCCAAAGCAGUGGACCGGCAGAGGAGUUCACCAUCUUUUUUU